ACAGCAAGGAUGAUAUUUGAUUUGACCGCAAAAAAACUCAUCAGUUAUGAUUCAACCAAAUCCUCGGAGAACUUAAGGGACAACUUUGUUGCAUUUAUACAAGGACUCAUCUCCUUCCCUCUGGACGUUCCAGGAACAGCUUAUCACAAAUGUCUGCAGGGUAGGAAAAGGGCAAUGAAGAUGCUGAAGAAGAUGCUGCAGGAAAGACGGGAAAUGCAAAAGAAAGAGCAAGAAGAUUUCUUUGACUAUGUGAUUGAAGAACUUAAGAAAGAGGGAACAGUCCUGACUGAAGCGAUCGCUCUGGACCUCAUGUUUGUGCUCCUAUUUGCAAGCUUUGAAACCACUUCUCUCGCUCUCACUUACGCCACCAAAGUACUCUCGGACCAUCCCUUAGUACUCAAGCAAUUACAAGAGGAACAUGAAGCCAUCCUGAAGCGACGUGAAGAUCCUAACUCCGGAAUCACGUGGAAAGAAUACAAAUCAAUGACAUAUACAUUUCAGUUCAUAAAUGAAACCGUGAGACUCGCAAAUAUAGUUCCUGGAAUCUUCCGGAAGGCACUGAGGGAAAUUAACUUUAAGGGAUAUACCAUACCAAAAGGUUGGGCAGUAAUGGUGUGUCCGCCUGCUGUGCACUUGAAUCCGGCCAAAUAUCAGGAUCCUCUUUCCUUCAACCCACGGAGAUGGGAGGGAAUUGAACUAAAUGGUGCCACAAAACAUUUCAUGGCUUUCGGUGGAGGCAUGAGAUUUUGCGUUGGAACAGACUUCACUAAAGUUCAGAUGGCUAUAUUUCUUCAUUGUUUGGUAACGAAAUACCGGUGGCGACCCGUGAAAGGAGGAAAUAUCGUUCGAACUCCUGGUUUACAAUUUCCAAAUGGCUUUCACGUCCAGAUCAUGGAGAAAGAUCAAACGAAACAGGAACCAGAGUUUGACGAAACAAAGUAGAAACCAAAACUCCGCCAGAGAGACUAGUGUAUGGUACAAAUUUAGGCUUGAAAUCUCCCCUGUCCUUGGCAUUUUUAAGGAAAAGCGAGGCAACGCAAUUGUUACGGAAGCCACAAAUGUAACCAUAAUGACGGUCUCUCACUCAGUUUUGAUUAGGUCUCUUCAAAUUGUGUUUUUAUUAGAUUUUCUUCUCAAUAUAUUCAAAAAUAUGACCUUCCCUACCUUACAAAAAGGCAGUGAGGGAAGGGAAGGAAAGUUGUACUUGUAACAAGUGGUGUAAAUGUUUCAGAUUAUAUCCCGAGCUAAUAUACAAUCUGCUUUUGAAAUUCA